AAUGGGUGUUUUUCUUGGUAGUCCCCAGGUUGUGCAGCCAACUGAAAAACACCAGACUAGAGAGCUAGACAAGCAGUAAAGACGUCUGUUUUUAGAAAAUACAACCAUUGUAUUGUCUUUUUAAUGACUGUUGAGGGUUAUUCCACUUCUUUUCUCCUCAAUUGGUUUAUUACUUUGAGACAUUUAACUGCUGUAUCUUGCCUUGAGAAUAUUGGCACUGAAAAGCUGGUUUAUAGCUCUUAAAUUAAGGGGAUAGAUUGCCCUUCUGUCCCCAUGUUGUGGGAAGUGGAUUUAGUAGAGGAGGAGGUUGAAAGUAGGACUUUGUUAGAUUACCAGUAGUCUUCAUGUAGUUAAAUGUGAUUAGUGGGGAACUUCUGAUGUUGUGUUAAUUGACGUUCUCUUGUGCCCUAGCUUUUCUGUGUCCCAGUUUGAUGCAAUGAAACAUCCGACCGUUUAGAAUGCUUCUAGCUGCACCAGAGUUAAAAUAAUGGUUCCUUUCCUUCUACAGUUUGUUGUUGCCGGAAUCCAAGAAUGCCGACUCAGGGAUUCGCUCAGAUUCUUGUCUUAGUGGGAGCAAGCUCUGCAGGAAAUACAGGCCUCUUGGUUGGCUCACAGUGUAGAAUUUUUUGGCACUUGUCCUGAUUGAGAAGAGAAGCCAGGGUUUUUUUUUUUUAGCUUGUAGGUGUGAAUACAGAUGUCCCCGAUGUUAGUUAAUGGGAGGGAGGAGAUCAUGUCUCUUCACUGUGGGCACGUCUGAUUUGGAAGGAGUGGUGUUCUGGCUGUUUCUGGACUUAGCUUUCCCUGCAAGUACCACAGCAUCUUAUUUUUUUUCUCCCCUAGACUUGGCAAAGACUCUGAUAAGUGACUUGAAAGAACCUGAAGAAUCUCCGAUGCAGACACCGCCGGGAAAUCCGCUAGUUCUUUCUCACACCUUGCCGGAGCUGCUGAGCAAAGACACGGUGCAGGUGGAGCUCAUCCCUGAGAAGAAAGGCCUCUUUCUCAAGCAUGUGGAGUAUGAGGUUUCAAGCAAGCGUUUCAGGUGUUCAGUGUACAGGCGGUACAAUGACUUUGUGGUGUUCCAUGAGAUGCUUCUUCAGAAGUUCCCUUACCGGAUGGUCCCUGCACUUCCCCCCAAAAGAAUGCUUGGAGCUGACAGAGAGUUCAUAGAGACAAGACGGCGCGCAUUGAAACGGUUUGUUAACUUGGUGGCUCGACAUCCUCCAUUCUCAGAAGAUGUACUUUUGAAGCUCUUUCUCUCCUUCAGUGGGCCGGAUGUGCAAAACAAGCUGAGAGAGUUGGUCCAGGGCGUGGGAGAUGAAUUCAUGACUUGCAAACUAGCAACUCAGGCCAAGGAUUUUCUGCCAGCUGACAUCCAGGUACAGUUUGCUGCUAGCAGGGAGUUGAUCCGAAACAUCUACAAUAGCUUUUACAAACUUCGGGACCGAGCGGAAAGGAUAGCUUCCCGAGCCAUUGAUAAUGCCUCUGACCUCCUUAUGUUUGGGAAGGAACUGAGUGCUUUGGGCUCUGACACAACUCCACUCCCUUCCUGGGCUGCCUUGAACAAUAGUGCUUGGGGCAGCCUCAAGCAAGCAUUGAAAGGCCUCUCUGUCGAAUUUGCUCUACUAGCUGACAAAGCUGUACAACAGGGUAAACAGGAAGAGAAUGAUGUGGUGGAGAAGCUGAACCUUUUCCUGGACUUGCUCCAGUCUUAUAAAGAUCUGUGUGAAAGGCAUGAGAAGGGAGUUCUGCACAAGCACCAGAGAGCCUUGCAUAAAUACAGCAUGAUGAAGAGGCAGAUGAUGAGCGCCACAGUACAAAAUAAGGAGCCAGAGUCUGUGGAACAGCUGGAAUCCCGAAUUGUGGAGCAAGAGAAUGCAAUUCUGACAAUGGAGCUGCGUAAUUACUUCUCCUUGUACUGUCUGCACCAAGAGACCCAGCUGAUCCACAUUUACCUUCCUCUCACAUCUCACAUUUUGGGGGCUUUUGUCAAUUCUCAGAUCCAAGGGCAUAAAGAGAUGAGCAAAGUCUGGAAUGAACUGAAGCCCAAGCUGAGCUGCCUCUUCACCGGAUCCAGCAACAUGCAGGCGCUGCAGUUGUCACCACAAGAUGGCAGCCUCUUUUCUAGUUAAUGCUUUUGGACUCUAGUGUGUGUAUGUAUGUAUGUUGGGGAGGUCAUGGGGAGGGCUACACAACUUGUGCAUUUGCAGAGUUUGUCUCCCAUUGACUCCAUUUGUACUUGUUGCUCCUCCUUCUUGCUGCUUUGAGCUGCUCCAUGAUUUAUGGGCUGCCUGGAAACAGUGCAUAGAGCAAAAGACUUUCUCACCUUUUAAAUUAUUUUUAAGUUUCCAUUUUGAAGUGUUUCAUGGUGAGGAUUAAUUUCCUUAUCCAAAAAGCUUUUGUUUGUACUACAUUUGACAAAGUGCUAGGGACCUUCUAUUGCUGAUAUACUCCAGGGUGCAGAACCUGUAGCCCUCCAAAUGUUCUUGGACUUCGGCUCCUGCAGCCCUUGCCAGCAUGCCUAAUGAUAAGGGAUGAUGGAAAUUGUUAUUCAGCCUGUGGAAGGCCUUUAAUUAUAUAUCCUGUCAUUUGAAUCUCUGCCCAGACUUAAGGAUUGAUCCUAGUCAAGCAACUUCUCACACCAAGCUCCUGAACAGAGUAUCUGUGUGUGUGAAGGAGGAGUCAGAGGCUCGUAGGCAGAGUUCAUGCUCUGCGUACAAAAAAUCCCAUGUUCAGUCCUGGACACCUCAGUUAAUAAAAGGAUAAGAUGGCAAGUGAUAGGAAAGUCAUUCUCUGUCUUGAGACACUGGGGAGUUGCUGCUAGUAAGAAGAAAUAACAUUGGACUAGCUGUACAAAACAGUGACCUGAUAUAAGGUAACAUCUUAUAUGUUUUGAUUAAAACAUUCCUGAUUUUGCUAUUGGCAAUAUUUUUUAAGACCACUUUCCCCUACCUGGCAUCCUGCAGAUAUUUUAGAUUACAGUUUCAUAUACCUCACCAGCACAUCUAGGGGAUGAAGAAGACAGGUUGGAAGAGGCUACCUUGAGUUAAGGAUGAGCAGAUGGAAGUCCCUAGGCCAAAUCUGGCCCCAGGUAGGACACUUUGCACUACUCGUUUGCCAGCCUAGAGACAAGGCUAGAGAGAGUAGCAUCUGUGGCAUUGAGACAAAUAAUCAAGCCACUUUGCCGGUGAGGUUUGACUACCUUUCCCUUAAAGUGGUCCUCCAGCGAGGCACUAAAGGGCUGUUUGGAACGAGACGUUUUCUACAUGAUAGUGUUUGUAGAAAAUGUUUUGGCACUCCUCUUUGAACUCCUGAAUGUACAUUUUAGUUGGCAUACAUACACUAGGAAGCUGAGGUUGACUGUGACCUCUUCUGGUUAUGCAAGGUGGUCUGUCCCAAUAUGUGUCAAAUGCACACUGGUGAAAAGCAGGAGAGCAAGGCAUUUUGUAAAUCAUGCGCAUGAAAAAUUGCCUGUCUUAGGAGACAAAGCUGAAUUUGUUAACAAAUGAUGUGUCUGUGACGGACUAAUAAAAGUCCAAAGACACAUGCCCUGAGCCCCACACCAUAAGUUGACAGGCCAUUUGAAGACACAUGCAUAUAAACACUCUCAGACAAGAGUCUGACAGCCCCCCCCCCAAACCCUCUCUGGCAUUGAACUAUUUGCCUAUUUAGGACCAAACCAAUAGCCCAGGCUGGUCUUGGGGCUUUAUCUAUAGCUUUCAUAAGAGCCAUGGCAUGAGCUGGGCUGAAACCAUGCCAUAUACAUUUCUUUGUAGACAAAGGAUGUGCCUUAUUCUUGAUGUUGUGUGCCUUCAAGUUGUUUCUGACAAUGGUGAUCCUAUUACAGGUUUCUUGGCAGAACUGUUCAGAGGGGGUUUGCCCUUACCUUCCUCUGAGGCUGAGAGAGUAUGACUUGCCCAAGGUACACCCAAUGGGUUUCCAUGGUCAAGCGAGGAUAUGAACCUGGUCUCCAGAGUCGUAGUGCAAUGCUUAAACCAAUACACCAAGCUGGCUCUCAUAUUAGCAUUCUUGAUACGUUAAUGUAGAAUAUUUUUAAAAAGUUUUUAUAAUGGUCAUUAAAAGUAUUAAUCUUUUUUAUUUCUCCAGUUAUUGCAGUGAGGAUUCUUCUUUUCUUUUUAAAAAAAGCUAUUCAGAUAAGCUAUUUGUUUUGAAGCUAUAAGAGACCAGGCCCUUCCCUCUCCCAGAAAUUGUUUCUUCAAUGAAAAACACAGCUUGGAAGGGCUGUAAAGAAAGCGAGAAGUAUAGUAAAUAGGGACGGAUAUUGGGAAGCAACUAAACAAAUGGUUCAUUGUGCCACCAAACACAAUUGGUGCUGGUGCGGUUGGUACUGUUUGUGCCAACUGCAGGCCAUGCUUUACACCAGCAGGACCAGUUGAGUUGUGCAUUGACCCUGCUGAGGAAUCACUCAGCGGCUGUUGAUUUUUGUAUGCAGCCUAUGUUAUCAAGCAACUGUUUCUGCUCAUGCUGUGAUGGCUGGAAGUCAGGGAAAAUGGUGGUUACUGCAGCAUAGCUGGGCAGAAAGCAACUUGCCUGAUUCCUCUCAGCUGUUAUGUUCUUGUGACACCGCUUUGGUUGAGUGAACUGGCGCCAAGCCCAGGAGCAUUUUUCCCUGGGUUUGGGAGUCAGAGGUUCUAUGGGAGUCUCUCAGUGUGCUAAUUUUUCUUCAAUUAUUUCCCUCUCAAGGAAAAACCUCUGAAUUCGGAAAGAACACAUUAGAUGGCUUAGCAGCCUGCUUCAAAGAGACACGAGUUUGUGGUAGAAUAGUGUGUUUCAGUCUGCUAACGCUGUCCUCUAGAAGCCACAUAUGCCUCACUUCAUUAGGACUGAACCAAAAUCUUUGCAAGAAAACUGCCUAGUCUGUAAUGUGGGUCUUUUGGGGUCUUUAUACUUCUUUUGAGGCACUACUGCACUCCUCAUUUUUGCUGUGACAGACUAGCAAGGCUAACCCUCCCCACUAGAAAUUUAGACUUCUUUUGAGGAAUCCAUAAGCUUCAGGGAAUAUGCGCAAUAACAGCCGUGUCUUAAGGGGGAGAACUGUUUUAAUGGCAAAGGGAGACAUCUGCAUGUCAUGUGGAAGAACUGCCAAACAAAUGUUUAACCUUGCCUUGGAUUUUACUAACUUGCCUUGGAUUUUGCAAAUGUUGGCUUUUUUUUUAAUGAAGCACUUUAUCAAACUGCAGGAAUUAGGAUGUUUUAAUGCAGCUGGUAGACUAAAAAAAUGUUUACAGAUGAUGACAUUCCAAAAAAACAAAUAAACCAGCUAUCAAAUGUUACAAAAAUAUGUAUUUGUAAGAGAUUUGUAAAAGUUGUAUAAAAUGUUGAAAGUU